AUGAGCCUUCCCAACGAGCUUAUACUAGGAACUCUACAGUACAUAAACAAAGCAGACCUCAAAAGCGUACGACUGGUCUCCAAGCUCUGGUCCGGCUGCGCUUCCGAGUAUCUAUUUGCCAAGCUCUUCAUCUCCCCUCACAAGCUCAAUCUUCAGAUUUUCGCCGCUGUCGCGCGAGAUCCUACGUUGAGUAAAUUUGUGAAGGAACUCGAGUAUAAUGCCGUCAGUUUCUCGCCGGACAUAACGAUAUCGCAAUACUUCGAGAUACUAUGGCACCAAAACUCCAUGAUCGCCUUUGACACAGAACGGGUUUCCGAAGUCCCUGACCCCCAUAUCCGUCAAUUCAUCACCAUGAUCAGAGAUCGUCGAGAAUACUGGCUUGACUGGCAAGGAAGAAUGGCACCUGUCCAGACGCAAUGGUGUGAUUUUUCCUUUGUCCAAGAGGGUUAUCAGAAGUGGAUCAACCAAGCACUUUUUGAGAAGAACUGCCUUAAAGAAGACACCCUUUUCAAACUACUCGUCACCGGCCUGAAAAGGUUUGGCCGGCUUAGGACUGUGAAGCUGAGCGAUAGAUGGCAUUCCGGAGACAAGCCCGGCCGCCAAGGCUCUCCACUGGCUCGAUCAUGGCUUCCCUUCCAUGCGCAUCCAGGAGACUUCAUAUCUGAUUCUGAUGAGCCCCUCAAAGAAUCCAGCACAUCCGACGCCUUCUGGACUCUCGCCCAUGCCCUCUCGGGAGUCAAAAACACUAGGAUUCGGAAUCUCUCAAUCAAGGGCCCCCUCCCUACUGCUGCCUUUCUCACCGAACCAGGCGAGCAACAAACUCAUGUGGAUCACGGGGUUGGCGCAUUCUGUAGACUCGAAUAUCUGAGGCUAUCCCUUGCUGGAUAUUCCCGCGAGCCCAUGGUCAAACUCUAUGAAACUCUGCAUGGAUUACAUCGUAUGCUCGAAUCCAUGACGGCCUUGAGGCGAUUCGACCUGGCCCUCCCUGUUGACUGUGUCGAUGAACCAGUUUGGUUCUUCACAUACCCAAUGAUCUUUCCCGAAAAUGGCCACUGGCCUCAGUUAACCACAUUCACGGUGGGAAAUCUGGCGAUCAGCACCAAAGAUCUAGUAACACUGCUCAUCACGAAGAUGCCAAGCCUACGGCACCUCGCCUUCGGCAACAUCAAUCUCCUUGACGGACAAUGGGAAGGUAUUGUCGAGUACCUACGGGUCGCGAAUUGUCUUUCAUCCUUCCAUAUAGUUCCAGAGUCUCUGCUGGUUCAUGGCGGAGACCAGAUUUACCUCUCCCAACGUCACGGGCACCGCGAUGACCACGACCACCGGAGCGGAGAUUUUCUUAAAAUUCUCCACUCCAUUGGGGACUACGUGGUCAACUGGUGGAAUAACCCUACACUGAGACAUCCGAGUCUGAAAUUAGGUCAACCAGCCCAACAGUCUCUCGACUACCUGAAGGACGUCUAUUGCCUGUCCGACAUGAAUUUGACGCAUGACAUGUUAGACGGGCUAGCUGAGCACAUGGUGGAAGACGCCACGCGAUAUCGCGAACGGGACGAGUCCUAG